CAUGGCAAAGGCAACAACGGAAGUUAGCUAAACCGCGAGCUAACCUAGCAAACCAAAAGAAAGAAAAUGGAUUAGAAAAAACGAUGUGACUUAUUUGUGCCGUUUGAAGGCGUUUAAUGUUGUCUGUUUCCAGACGCUGGCUGUAACACGGUGACACCGAGCCGAAAUAUAAAUAAAUCUCACUGUUCGCCAGCAGACCCAACCAUGCCGCUCCAAUUUGUAUACAGCAACCAGGACUUUGUCAUAGAUGUGUGUCGGAGCAGUGGAAAUGGACACAGGCUGGCAUCACCGCCAGUAAAGUUUGACAGAAUCAUCCAAGCAGGCUGGAGAGACAGGAUGGAGAGGGGACUUUUCCGCUACCAUCUGGGUGAUUUACAAACACGUAUCCUGCCGGGCCCACAUGGCUAUGUGGCCCAGCUGAAUGUUCAAAGAGGAACAGAGAGAAGAAAGCCUCAGGAAAUACUGAGCAUCCAGCAGGAGUUUGAUGGCAAGCAGUUUAAUUUUAACAGAAUCAAUCCAGAAGAAAUCAUAUUUGAGAUGAUGAAGAGCACAGAGGGAGACACAGAUUUGCAUGACAAUGGGCCAUUGCAUCAACCCUGUAGGAUAGUCGUGCUAGUCAAUGUCAGCCCUUUGGAGUUUGGACAUUGCCUCUUUGUUCCAGAUCCAUCAUGUUGUUUCCCGCAGACCCUGACGAGGUUUGCCAUCCAGGUUGGUAUUGAAUCUGUGCUCCUAAGCUCUGACCCUGGCUUUCGUGUGGGGUUCAACAGUCUGGGAGCAUUUGCCUCUGUCAAUCAUUUACACCUACAUGGAUAUUACCUAGACCACGAGCUCAAGAUAGAAUCUAUGCCAGUCAAACCACUGGUUCCUGAAAAGGGAUUUUUUCGCUUGCUGGACUUUCCUGCUGGCUUUUUGUUUUACACAGAAUCAGAGGAGGUGGAGAAAGUUGCCAGAGCCAUCUGUGAGGUCACAGACUUUCUUGUGGAUGGUAAUAUUUCUCACAACCUGUUCUUGACUAGAGGAUGCCCACCCCAUGAUUGCAUAGAGAAGGAAAAGGAUCACUGCUCAAGAAAAGGCGUGCGUAUCGCUGUUUGGCCCAGAAUAUCCUGCUUUGGUGCUAAAGAGGAGUCUGCCUUCAACGUUGCUCUUUGUGAGCUGGCUGGACAUUUGCCAUUUAAGAACAAGAAGGACUAUGAGCUCACCACUGAGAAAGACGUGAUAGAUAUAAUUCAGAGCUAUCUUCUGCCUGACAGUGAGUUUCUCAGGUUGGAACAGCAGCUUACGUGUCAUUUAAUGGAUUUAUAAAGUUUGGACACCAAGGCCAUGUCAAAAUUUGAGUUGGGCUAAAAUAUAACUAGAUUGAGUGCUGCAUGUAUUCAAAUGGACAGUUUUUGAUGAUAUAAAUUGGGAAAACAUCCUCAUGAUGUUGACGGCAGUGUGUGUGAGAUUAAGAAUGACUCCUUGGAGCUAAAGUAAAAAAAAUAGUCAAAGUAUUUUUUCUUGUCCAAAGAUACUCACUAUAUCUGCUUUUUUUUAUUAUUGAGAAUUCUCAGGGUAAAAUGUAUGCACUGUAUAGUGGCUCCAAGAUAUGUAGCACAGUUAAAAGACAAAAGUAGUGUCCACAGCAUGAGUGCUACUGUUUUGUCCAUAAACCAUGGCACACAACCGAGGUUAGUCUAGCACAGUCUGCACAGCAGCACAGUCCUGAAUAGAGCUUUAAACAGCUACGGUAACUGAUAUGUAAGUGUAGUCACUACCUUUCUUUACUUUGCCUUGGCACUUAUUCACACAUGUUGCACUAAUGAAACAUACUGCACAUAAAUAUAGAACAUGUACAAAAAUCUCCCUAACAAGGAGUGGACAGCAGUGCUCAGAUCAGAGUCGAUCAAAUAACACAUCCUCCCUGAGAAGCUCUUCAUCUGCUAGAAUUACAUCACCAAGGUAGCAGCGUUAAGUCGAGUGGAAUGAUCGAUGAGCCUAGGUACCUGCUCGCUCAUUUUAAUAAGGUUCAUCAUUAGUGAGUACAAAACAAGUGCACUGAUCUGUAUGUUUAGCUGCUGACAUGCCAAUUUUUCCCAGUGACAAUGAUUUAACAAUUUUUUAGUUGCCAUUUUGUGCUGCAUUGGCAAACAAAAUUGCAUGGUCUUAAUAUUUGACUGACGGACUAAAGAAACGACAUCCUGUCAGUAAUAAAUGCUACUUGUAGCACUUCAUAGAUCACUUGGAAAAACAGUCUGCUAAUAACUAUCUUUAGGACUAGUUGGUAGUAAAAUGUACACGUGCAUUACAUCUUUGUUAUACUGUAUGUAGUGGUGGAAGAGGCACUUGUUUACUUAAGUAAAAGUAGAAAUGUAAAACUGUAAAAAUACUCUGUUACAAGUAAACAGUGCUGCAUUAAAAAUAAAGUAAAUGUACUAUAACUUUAUAAAUAUUAUCAUGUAUGACAAAGAAAAGCAACGGUUCCUCACAUGAAAGAAGGUGUAACCAGAAAAUAUAGAUUUUUUUUCCAAAGUAUUUGUCAAUUAUCUAUUUAUGAAAUGACUAAUGGUUGCACCUCAAGGUUACUGAAUGGCUUAAUGAGUAUGAAAAAGUGUGCUCAACACAGUGAGGGAAUAGAAGCACUCAAACUGACCUGGAGAUACUUGCCUAAAAAGUGUAUGUUAUUCACUUUGUUUAUUUAUCACCCUUUGUAUCUGUUAUACAAGUCCAGGGAGUGUCACCUUCAUGGACCUCAUCGUCAUGGCUUAUUGGAGCCUGGUCGUGACCAGCCUGCACAGACUGGGUAGUGGAUACAAAUGAUUCAGGCUGUAUCUGCUGAUGCAUAAAUAACGUGAACUCAACAGUGACUGCUCAGAGAUAUCAUGUUCACUUAUACAGCUACCUCAUACUCAAAUAUACUGUGUGUAAAAUUUGUUAUGCGUAUCAAUCUGUGACCAUCUUUGAGCUGUAAAACUGCAUCACAUUAAACUCAGAAUGCCAGAAAUAUGAUCUUCCGUGCAUGUCUCGUCAUGCUGUAUUCAUGUUGAGGACGGUUGGUACAAUUUAUAUCUUGCAGUCAUAGCUGUCUGUUUCCCAGACAAGUUUAAGGCAAAGA